AUGGCCAGCGCCUCCGCGAGCUCCCCCGCGCCACGGCUCACCAAAUUCGAGGCCAGCCUCAUUCUCAACUUCGACGAGCCCCGCCCAACGACCAGCCUCUCGGUGGACCUCGGAACCGGCCUCUCCUCGGAGCACAGCCUCCUCCUGAGCCUCGGCGGCUCGGAGGAGCUGCUCGUGAGCGCCGCCCGGCCGGCCCCGGAGGAUCCCCUCCACAACCUGUUCUCCGACCUGUCGCUGUCGCGUGCCAUGCCGGCCCCCCAGGACGGGGCCCUGCCACUCGGGGUGAUCAACCCCACCUGGAGCGCGGCCCCGCCGGAGGACGACUCCGGAUCCGGCCCCGGCGGCGCCCUGCAAAAUGCCCAGCACAUUUACUACCUGGAUCGCUUCAAUGCGCAGCUCCGCAUGAUUGUGGUGUUCUCCUCCGCGCGGCAGGAUAUGCCGGCCUCGCCGCGGGCAGCCAACCCCUCGCCCCCUCUGGCGCCGAUGGCCGAGCCGGUCACGCCGCCGCCCGGGCCGGACCCCCUGCAGGAGGCGGAGGCCCUGCGCCAGGCGGCCGCCACGCCGGACCCCCAGCCGGCGGACAUGGAGGCCCCCACCGCCUCCGAGGUCAAUGCCAAUGCCACUGGCGGUGGUCCAUCGGUGGCCGGCGCCCCGCGGCCGCCCUCCCCCUCGCCGUCCAUCGCCUCGACCCGGUCGGCCUCCUCCUCGCUGGUGGCCAUCUCCUCGUCCGGGUCCUCCAGCCGGCUGAUUGGCCCGGCGGCCGAGGAGGCGGCCGACCCGUCCGAGGCCGGUGGUCGUGCCGGCCGCCGGCCUCCCCGCGGCCCGGUCAUCACCCUUGCCCCGGAGCCGGCCCUCGGGCCCGGGGUGUCGCCCGUGCAAUUUGGCAUCCUCGGCCCGUUGAACUGGCGUCACCGGUAUGAGCAUGGGUUCGUGCCGGUGGUGGCGGCCCCCGGGCCGCGGGCCGGCCCGCCGGCCAGCGAGUCGGCCAGCACCCCGUCGCCCACCGGCGCCCCGGUGGCCGGCCCGCUGGCUCCCCCCCGGCAGUCGAUGGUGCUGACCCCCGGGCCGGAUCCCGACCUGGCCGCCGCCGAUGACGCGCCCAUCCCUCGGGUGGGUGCCGGGUCCCGCGUGGCCGGGCAAUUCCUCACCGGGUCCGAUGUAUCCAGCCUGGAGGCCGUGCGGGCCUCGCGCUCCGGCGGCAUCUUCGACAUCGACCGGCGCAUGCUCCUCUCGCAGAAUGGCAACAGCCGGGCCUCGACCAUCCUGACGCCGACGCUGGCCGGGCCGACCCACUCGCGGCCGCAUUCCACCAUGGUCAUGGCCAGCGGGCCGCCGCCGAUUCCCCCCCGGUCGACCGGGCCCCGGGCCCGGGCGUCCACCCUCCAAACCGACGCCACCGGUGGCGGGGCGGCGGGCCAUCACGGCCCGCCGACGCCCAACCCGUCGACCAUGUCGGCGGUGGCCUCACCGCCACCGGUGCACCUGCCCCGGGCCACCUCGGCCAGUGUCCUGGGCCAGCCGUCGCCCGGGCUGCAAGUGGACACCACCCUGGGGGCCGGGCCGGCGGCCGGGCCCGGGUCGGCGGCGGCCGCGGCGGCCGCCAUCGCCGCCUCGCCCACCGGCAGCGCGCCGCGGCCCCGGCGCCCGGUGACCUUCCGGCAGUUGAUCGCCCCGCGGGCCAGCCAGUUCGCCAGUGGCGGGGCCCCCCGGCGGGAGAUGCCCUGGAUCGUGCGGCAGAUGUUCUCCCAGGAGGAGUCCUUCACCGACUUGCGCACAUUGCGCCUCUUUGCCGGGACCUGGAAUGUCAAUGGCCGGCUGCCGAAUGAGGAUCUCUCGGCCUGGCUGCAAUCGGACCUGGGCCUGGCGGACAUCGUGGUGCUGGGCUUCCAGGAGCUGGACCUCAGUGCCUCGGCCUUCCUGCUGGACAACAGCGCGCGCGAGGACGACUGGACCCGGAUCAUUGAGGCUGGCUUCGGGCCGCGGCAGCACCGGUACCGGAAGGUGGCCUCCAAGCAGCUGGUCGGCAUGCUGGUGGUGGUGUAUGUGCUGGAUCGCCAUGUGGCCCAUGUGCGGGACAUCACCACCGGCGCCGUCGGCACCGGCAUCAUGAACAUGAUGGGCAACAAGGGCGGCGUGGCGGUGCGCAUGCGCAUCUACGACUCGUAUGUGACCUUCAUCAAUUCGCACCUGGCCGCGGCCACCAAUGAGAUUGAGCGCCGGAAUUCGGACUUCCGGCAAAUCGAAUCCCGCAUGCAAUUUGCCUAUGACGUGUAUGAUGCGGCCUACACGCACUUGCAUCCGGCCGCGCGGGCCUUCGCCGCGGGGUUGUCCUUCGGCACGGCCAUGGCCCUGGUCGGGCCGCCGGGGGCCCCGCUGGACGGGUCGCCGGCGCGGCUGGCCGCCGCCAUCCCCACCCCCGGCGCCAAUCCCUGGGACCCGCCGGUGCCGCCGACCGGCAUCCCGCCCGUCGACACGGUCACCUUCGGCCUCUACGACUCGGACUAUGUCUUUUGGGUGGGGGACUUGAAUUACCGGCUGACCCUGCCCGGGGAGCAGGUCCGCGCCAUGGUGCCCGAUCGCCGGUGGUCCGAGCUCAUGGUCCAUGACCAGCUCCUGCAGGAGCAGGCCCGCGGCCGGACCUUCAACGGGUUCAUCGAGCCGCCGGUGCACUUCGGGCCGACGUACAAGUUCGACCCGGGCACCGACACAUUUGACACCAGCGAAAAGCGCCGGGCGCCGGCCUGGUGCGAUCGGGUGCUGUAUGCGCGGUCGGAUUCCGUGGUCCCGGUGGCCUAUCGGUAUCACCGGACUUUGUUGACUUCCGAUCACAAGCCGGUGUCGGCGGAGUUCGACCUGACCGCCAUCAAGGUGUACAAUCCGCUGCGCGCGCGCCGGACCGAGCGCGAAGUCAUGCACAUGCUGGAUCGCUUUGAGAAUGACGCCAUCCCGGACUGCCGGCUGAGCGGCAUCGCGGCGGUCUUUGCCGGGGCCCAGCUGGCUCCCCUGGCGCGGGAGCCCCUGCGCACGACCCUGCAAUUGUCCAACACCGGCCGGGUGCUGGCCUCUUGGCGGUUCAUUCCCAAGGUCGAUGAGAGUGCCUGGUGCCCGACCUGGCUGACGAUCGAACCCAUGUCCGGGCAGUUGACCCCCGGCGAGACGGUCAGCAUCACCUUCGAGGCCAGCCUCGGUGGGGGUCGCGGCCUGGCCGAGGUCCACUGCCCGGCCGGGGCCGAUUACUGGGACUUCGUGGCCUCCGGCGGCAGUGGCCCGGAGCCCUUCGGUGUCAAUCGCCUGGAGGACAUCCUCAUCUUGCAUUUGGAAAAUGGCCGGGACCUUUUCAUCACGGUGGAGGUGGACUUGGCGCCGUCGGCUUUCGGUGUGCCCUUGCCGCUGGCCAACCGGCUGCCGGCACCGCCGACGGGGCUGGCAUUCCCCCUGCGCCCGGAGAGCCUGUCGGCCGAUCGGGCCCCGGUGCCGCAGGUGCUGGCCCGCCUGGCGGACUUCCUGCUGGAGCAUGGCCAGGCCGAGCCGGGGCUCUUCCUGUCGACGGCCGGCGCGGCGGAGGUUGCCCGCGUGCGCGAGGUCCUCGAAGGGACGGGCGGGCCGCUGGCAGGCGCCCUGAUCGCCGCCGACGAGGCGUCCCUGCUGCCUGGCGGCGACGGUGGCCAGGGCGAGCUGGCCGGCCCGGGUGUCGGGGCCGCGGCCAAUGGCACGGUCAGCUCGGCCCUGCUCCAUGCGGCGGCCACGGUCUUUGUCCGGUAUCUGGAGGCCCUGCCGGUGCCGGUGGUGCCGCCUCUUCAUAUGCCGCGUUGUUUGGCACUGGUGCAGCCGGACCCGGCGGCCGCGCAGCUGACGGCUGCGGCGGCGGCCGCGGCCGCCGCGGCCGCCGACCCCGAUGCCCCGGCCCCGACCAUCGAGUCGUUGAUCGUCCUCCAGCCGGACCGCCCGACGCUGGAGCUCUUCCGCAACCUCAGCGAGCAGGUGGCCGCCUGGCCGGAGGUCGAGCAUGGUGUGCUCUUCUGCUUUGUCAUGGAUGUCCUUUGCCGGCUGUUGAUGCAGUGCCAUCGGAACUCUCUGACUGUGGCCCAGCUGGCCGGCAUCUUCGGGCCAAUCCUCUUCCGGCCCGGCCCGGCGGUCCCGGGAGGCCGGUCUCAAAGCGUCGCCGGCCCCUGGCUGCGCAGCAUUCACCUGACCAAGCACUUCCUCGAGGGGACCCUGCGCGCUAUGAUCAUCAAGCAGCGGCAUCGGAGCUCGCUCGCCAGCCCCGGGCUGCCUCCUCCCUCGUCCGGCUUCGAGAUCAGCCGCCCGAACUCCUUCUCCUCGCCCUCCCUGGCCUCGGCCUCGGGCAGCAGCACCGGCACCGGCACCGGCACCGGCACCAGCAGCAGCCCGGCCAUGGAUGGCCAGUCUCGGUAGGGCCUUCCCUUUUUUUUUUUUUCCUUGCUUGCUCAUGUAUAUAUGCGCGUGAAGGCUGCUCGAAUGAGGGAAACGACGCGCUGGUCGCGCGCACCCCGCUCCGCCAUCACCACCGUCACCGCCAUCCCCCCUCCUCCUGCCCCCCUCCCCCUCCCCCCGUGCGCCUGGCCCCCCGAAAGAGGCAGUGCACACCAGGAGAACAAUACACACCUUUGCCUGAAGCCGA